AUGGCUAAGCGCAUCCUACAUGUUGUUACCAACGCCGCACAUUAUGACGACCCGACCCACCCUACCGGCUUAUGGCUAUCUGAACUCACCCACGCUUGGCACGUCUUCGAGGAGCAUGGAUUUCAACAGACCAUCGUUAGUCCGACGGGGGGUCUGUCUCCAUUAGAGCCGCGGUCGCUGAAAUUCCCCAAUUACGACAAGACAGCCAAAGCCUGGAGGGCCAGUCCAGCUCGAAUGUCCCUGCUGGAGAACACUGUCCGACCUGACCAAAUUAAUUCGGCCAAUUUUGACGCUAUCUACUUUACUGGUGGGCAUGGCGUAAUGUACGACUUCCCCGAUAACGAGGGCCUGCAGCGAAUUACCCGGGAGAUUUUCGAACGGGGUGGUGUCGUAUCCUCUGUUUGCCAUGGCUACUGUGGCCUCCUGAACACAAGGCUCUCAGAUGGGUCAUACCUGGUCGCCGGUCGUAAUAUGACCGGGUUCACCUGGAAGGAGGAAGUGCUUGCUCGUGUGAACAAACUUGUGCCCUACAACGCCGAAGAAGAGGUGAAGAAGCGUGGCGCGCGCUAUAAAAAAGCCAAGCUGCCUUUUGUGUCUUACACAGUGGUGGACGCCAAUCUAGUGACUGGACAGAACCCUGGGUCGGCAAAAGAGACCGCGAGGAAGGUAGUCACCGCCCUCGGCCAGUCAUGA